CCUGCCGUCUAUGCCAGGCACCCAUCCAUACUACAACGAGAAUGUGGAUGUCCCGCAGAUGCAUAGUAAUCCAACAUUGUCAGGUAACACUUGAUUUGCAGACCACUGUCAUUAAAUAGUCUGGACCAUCAGGAAAAAGACAAGCUAAGGUACUAACUCACAAAACAAAGGACGUAUAUCCAAGGAUCAGAUGCUGAAAAUGCAUCUGAAACUGCUUCCGUCAUCACAGCUUACCACUCCUCUAACAAAUAUCCUGUUGUCUGAUAGAGAUGUCAGAUAUCUAUUUCAUAAAAUAUAUUUGAUCAAAUAUUUUAUAGUCUCAUAAAUGUAUUAAUGCUAUAUGAAACGUGCUGUAUGUAUGACUUUUGUGGCAGGACAACAGCAUAUAGGAGUGAAUACAAUCUAUUAAAGUGCCAAUAUCUUACAAAAUGCACGCUAAAAAUAGAUAAAAUAUAAACCAAAUCACCAAGAAGAAAGAACCAAGUAAAAUGUUUUCAUAAUUGGUCAAAAAUCCAAUAUGCCAAAUGUUACACUAACAGGUUCAGUCAGUGCUUCAUGUAGCUUUGUAACACCUGCAGAGGGAGCCAGCUCCCUUCGUUUUGAGCGUGAGAUGAUUCAGUUGAGGGUUCAUGUUUUGCAGUGACAGUGAGUACAUGAAUAACUUGGUUAUAUUCUGUAGGUCGUAUUUGGGUCCAUGUAUUUACACAAGCUUUGACAACCAAUUAGUCUUCGCUUUGCAUAUUACAGGACUUCGCUUCUGCCUUUUAAAAAGCAACAAUCAUGACGUGUCUAGUCCCGCUGUGACGUUAAUUCAAAUAUACCAUUUUUGAAUUAUAGCGAUAAAAAUAUACUGUGUGUUAACAAAUGUUAUUGCUGGCAUACAAAAAAAUAGUUUUUCUUUGUUUGUUUGUUCAAAGUCCAAAAUGAUGAAAGUCUCCACUAACUGUAGAAGAAAAAAUCCUCCCCAAAGACAAACAGCAGAGCCCCUGACUCAUAGCGCUGUGUCAGGGAGAGAGCAAACCAUACUGUUGACAUCAGGAGGCCAAUGAUGUCAUGGUGAUGUCAAUGCCUCUAAUUGUAAAUUGCACACAUAGCGUCGGCUGUUGGUUGUGGUAACAUUUCAGUCAGAGAGAAGACUCUGAAGGGGACAAGUCUCUCUUGGAGAAAAAAGCCUGGGAGUUAAUACAGUAUGGCUGUAACUGGGGAUGAAACAGAAACAGCCUCCACGGGUGACCUGACUGCCUGUCAGCUGCGGAACAGCAGCUCCAGCCUCCUGCAGGCUGCGGUGGAGUCCAGCGCUCGCAGCUCCCACACACCCACGGGGGACGCCGUACAAAAGAGAGAGCUCCGCCUGAUGAGGAACAGGGAAGCUGCCCGCGAGUGUCGACGAAAGAAGAAGGAAUACGUCAAAUGCCUGGAGAAUCGCGUGGACGUGCUCGAGAAUCAAAACAAGACUCUGAUUGAGGAGCUCAGAGCCUUAAAAGACAUCUAUCGACACAAAGCCGAGUGAUUCCUCCGGCGAGAGGAGGGACCGUAUUGGUCGGCUUGAGGACUCCGCUCACACUCGCGUACAAACACCCGCGUACACACACAUGCUCACACAAAACACUCCUUGUCCUUUCUGUUAAAUGUGUUUACAUGAUGAUGUCAAUGUUUCUGGCUCUGAGUUAUCCACGCGCUGCCACAGCCAAAACAAGAACCCUUUUUCACGUUGGGGUUAUUAUCAGCGAAGACCUUUUGCACUGGGCAGCUGAAGGAAGGAAUAUAUGGACCACCUGCAGACUUCCAAAGCCUUACUAGAGAUGGAGAAUCAGAUGCUGAAGGCUCAUCUGCCUCUAUAUGUCACUAACACCUUCUCUGAACUGCAUUUUACAUUCCUUGAUGCUCAGUUUUGUCUUUCAGCUCUAUUAAAAGACACAACUUGAUAGUCUUUGUGAUGGUCUAUUUUUCUACAGAUUUUCAUCAGGCUGCCAGAAGCUAAAUGUUCAAAGGGAAUCGGAGCAUAAGGGCCUCUAUCUGUGUAUUUAAUUUGACUCCACAUCAAAAAGGAACUAACACCGCCUGCAUUUAUCACGCGUCUUCCUUCAUAUUUAAUGUAGAGACCUACCAGCAUCUGUUGCGCAUCACUUUGAGGAUUUUUCUUGCUUCUGUCCUUUGGCGUUCAUAUUUAUUUAGAAGGAAUACCCUGAGUUUUUGGAUGUUUGGAAUACCAGUGCUUGAUUUGUGUAAAAAAAAAAAAAAAAAAAAAGUAUUAAUAUGAACAAAUGUAUAUUUAGUUAACAAAAACACAUUUGUGAAAAUGUUAUGAACUUACACACUUAGUAAUUUGCUGUUUCGUCUUAUUAUAAUUGGCUAAAUUGAGAAGUUAUUUAUUUAUGUUUAUUUUUGAAUAGAGUAAUGUUACAUGAUGAGUUGUAUGUAGAAAUGCUGCCUUUUGACUGUCUUCUCUGUUGGUGCUUUUACUAUUGUCUUGUUAUGAUCACACUAUAUUUGUAAGUUGUAUACACAUUUUCAAUAUUUAUUUGCUUCAAUAAAGUACUUUCUCAGUC